CCGGAAGUGGUGAAGUGCCACGCCUGUGGAGGCGGAGCAAAGAAGGUUGAGGUUCCAUUCACCGGUAUCCCCGCGUUCAGGCAGAUAGAAGAUAGUGACGUGAGGCCUUUGCAGGCGUGAGUGCCACCGGCACCUCUGCUCUCACCAGCCCGGCGGGAAAAAGCGGAACUACGGAAUGCGACCGAGUGCCAGAGAAUAACAGUUGAGAGGGCCAAGAUGUCCAACCUGAGGAUAUUUGCAGUGAAUCAUAAGAAAAUAUCCAGCUUGCACAUUGACAAUAUGUGUUGCUCUAAAAUAAGAGUAAAUCUAAGAAGAUUAAAGCUACAUCUGCCUCAUGGAAGAAAUCAUAGUUCCCUACCAGGUAUAAUAGGAAAUGAUGUCAAGUCCCUUCAUUCCAUCAUCAGUCCUCCUAUUACUAAAAUCCGUAAUAUUGGAAUUAUGGCUCAUAUUGAUGCAGGCAAAACUACCACCACAGAAAGAAUACUGUAUUAUUCUGGAUACACACGAUCACUGGGAGAUGUUGAUGACGGAGAUACAGUGACAGAUUUCAUGGCUCAAGAGCGAGAACGAGGCAUAACUAUUCAAUCAGCCGCUGUUACAUUCGAUUGGAAGGGGUAUAGAAUCAAUCUAAUUGAUACACCAGGUCAUGUGGACUUUACUUUGGAGGUUGAGCGCUGCCUAAGAGUGUUAGAUGGUGCAGUGGCUGUGUUUGAUGCUUCUGCUGGUGUAGAGGCACAAACUCUCACAGUGUGGAGGCAAGCUGAUAAACACAAGAUACCUCGAAUCUGUUUUUUAAACAAGAUGGACAAAACUGGAGCAAGUUUUAACUAUGCAGUUGAAAGCAUCAGAGAGAAGUUGAAGGCAAAGCCUUUACUUUUACAGUUACCAAUCGGUGAAGCCAAAACUUUCAAAGGAGUGGUGGAUGUAGUAAACAAAGAAAAACUUCUUUGGAAUCUCAAUUCAGAUGAUGGAAAAAACUUUGAGAGAAAACCCCUCUUGGAAGUGAGCGAUCCUCAAUUGCUGAAGGAGACAACAGAAGCAAGGAAUGCCUUAAUUGAACAAGUUGCAGAUUUGGAUGAUGAAUUUGCUAACUUGGUUUUAGGAGAAUUUAGUGAAAAUUUUGAUUUACUACCAGCUGAAAAGCUACAAACUGCAAUACACAGAGUAACGCUUGCUCAGACAGCAGUGCCUGUGCUUUGUGGAAGUGCCCUGAAAAACAAAGGGGUCCAGCCCUUGUUAGAUGCUAUCACCAUGUAUUUGCCUUCACCUGAAGAGCGCAACUAUGAAUUUUUGCAGUGGUAUAAGGGUGACUUAUGUGCAUUGGCAUUUAAAGUUCUUCAUGACAAACAGCGAGGACCACUGGUUUUUAUGCGCAUUUACUCAGGCAUGAUAAAACCCCAGUUGGCCAUCCAUAAUAUUAAUGGAAACUGCACGGAGAGAAUAAGUCGUCUGCUUUUGCCAUUUGCUGAUCAACAUGUAGAAAUUCCUUCACUGACUGCUGGUAACAUUGCUUUGACUGUUGGGCUUAAACAUACUGCCACUGGAGACACCAUCGUCUCAUCCAAGUCCAGCGCAUUAGCUGCAGCUCGUCGAGCCGAAAGGAAGGGAGAAAAGAAGCAUAGACAAAACAAUGAAGCAGAGAAGCUUUUAUUGGCUGGGGUAGAGAUUCCAGAGCCUGUGUUCUUCUGUACCAUAGAACCUCCUUCAAUAGCUAAGCAGCCAGAUUUGGAUCAUGCAUUGAAAUGCCUUCAGCGCGAAGAUCCCAGUUUGAAAGUGAAGCUAGAUCCUGACUCUGGACAAACUAUCCUUUGUGGUAUGGGAGAGUUACAUAUUGAAAUUAUUCAUGACCGAAUCAAAAGGGAAUAUGGACUGGAAACCUAUCUAGGACCCCUGCAGGUAGCAUACCGCGAGACCAUCCUAAAUUCAGUUCAUGCCACAGAUGCCUUAGAUAGAACUUUAGGAGACAAACGGCAUCUUGUGACUGUAGAACUGGAAGCAAAGCCACUUGAAACAUCAUCCCUUCAGCCAGUGAUCGAUUAUGCCCAAAGCGUUACCCAAGACCUUUCGCAGGCCUCUCAAGAGGCCGUUGAAAACGGCAUUCAUAGUGCAUGCCUCCAAGGACCAUUGCUUGGAUCCCCAAUUCAAGAUGUAGCAGUUACUUUACAUUCACUGGUAAUUCAUCCUGGUACCUCUACAACUAUGAUUUCUGCUUGUGUCUCAAGAUGCAUGCAAAAGGCUCUGAAGAAAGCUGAUAAGCAAAUUUUGGAGCCCCUGAUGAAUCUCGAGGUUACAGUACCUAGAGAUUAUCUCAGCCCUGUCCUAGCAGAUCUGGCACAAAGAAGAGGGAAUAUUCAGGAAAUCCAGACUCGUCAGGACAACAAAGUUGUUAUUGGAUUUGUUCCCUUAGCAGAAAUUAUGGGUUAUUCUACUGUGCUUCGGACGCUAACAUCAGGCUCAGCUACUUUUGCCUUAGAGCUGUCUAAUUAUCAAGCCAUGAAUCCUCAAGACCAAAGUACGCUGCUCAGCCGGAGAAGUGGCUUGACCUAAGUACAUGAGGUCCUUGGAGAGAAACGCAGAAGCACCUACCUCCUUCCAGUGAGAACAGUUUAAAUGAUAGAACUUGCAAAUGGACAGUGGCACAGAUGGUGAAGGUGUGUAUAUCUAUGCAGUUAUUAUUGUCAGUAGUCAAGAUUCAGUCCUUUAGAAUAUAUUGAGUAAUAGCA